GCUUAUCCGACACACUGAUUUUGGGAUAUUACAUCCCUUUGAACCAAGAAGGUCUUUUUACCUUCUCAGGUGCAUUUUGGGAUGGGACUUCUCUCUGAACAAAGUCUAUAUACCCUCUCGGCAGUAUUGUGGGAUGUUACAUCCUUCUUUAGGAAGGUCUAUAUACAAUCUCAGGUACAUUGUUGGAUAUUUUAAAAGUCCCUUUGAAUCAGGUUGGCUUAAUACCCUCUCUUCUGAACAAGGUAGGCCUGUUUACACUCUCUGGUGCCUUGUGGGAUAUAACAUUCUUCUUCACAAGGAAAGUCUAUGUGGGAUGUUCCAUCCUUCUGAACCACACCCUCUGUGGUGCAUUGUUGGACAUGACACCCCUGUUAACCAGGUAGUUCUGUAUAACUUAUUUGCGACAAAAUGUAUGUAUCUUCCAGGUCUUUCAAAGUUCUCAAAACCAGGAGUUUUUGCAAAAACAUGUAGGCCCACAUAUAAUUCAUGGGGG